CCAAGUUGGAAUUUUGGCGGGUCUGGCUGGAGGACGGGAACGGGCUCCGAGUAGGCGUAGCCAAGAUUCGACAUUACUGCCAUCUCCUGGGCGCCUGAUUCUUGGAAGUUCUUGAUCACAACUGUUCCCUGGACAGCAUGGAUGGGGAAGAAGAUGAUUUGUCUCUGCUGACUGCACUGCUAGAGGAGAAUGAGUCCGCCUUGGAUUGUAGUCCAGAAGAGAGUCACCCCUUGACCCAGGAGGAUGGUGAACCUGACGCAUAUGACGAGCUCUUUGAUGCAGAUGGUGACGGUGAAUCUUAUUCAGAGGAGGCUGCUGAUGGAGAACUGGGAGACACUGAAGACCGAAAGGAAAAUUUGGCCACUCUUUUUGGAGAUAUGGGGGACUUAACAGAUGAAGAAGUUCCCACGCAGCAAUCACCUAAAAAUAGAGUCCUCCCCACUUCUGCUCCCAGUCAGGGGAAAACUAAUCAAGAGUUGCAAGAUGAAUUAAAGAAGUUGCAAGAGCAGAUGAAAUCCUUACAAGAGCAGCUAAAAAUGGCAACAAUUAAGCAGCCUACAAGUCCACCCCUUCUGCCUAAAUCUGUAGAGAAGUCUCCACGCCCCCCUCUUAAAGAGAAGAAAGUUCAGAGAAUUCAGGAGUCGAUGUGCUUUUCUGCAGAGCUUGAUGUCCCUACUCUACCAAAAACCAAGCGGGUGGCUCGGACACCAAAGGUUUCACCUGCAGAGCCCAGAAGCUCAUCUUUGAGGAUGACAAGUACACCUCUCCAACCACUCCAAACUACUCCUGGAAACAAACCUAGUGGGUUGACCAGAGAUCAGAGCUCAGGGACCCUCAGGAGUUCUGCAGAACCGGCUCAGACAGUGGUUUCUGUGGAAGCCUUCUCGGGUCUGAGGCUCAGGCGGCCUCGAGUGUCCUCCACAGAGAUGAACAAGAAAAUGGUCGGCCGAAAACUGAUCAGACUGUCUCAGCUCAAGGAAAAGAUGGCAAGUGAGAAGCUAGAAGAAGUAGACUGGGUGACUUUUGGGGUUAUAUUGAAGAAAAUCACUCCACAGAGUUGUAAUAGUGGAAAAACAUUUAGUAUCUGGCGACUGAAUGAUCUCCGUGACCUGACACGGUAUGUGUCAUUGUUCUUGUUUGGAGAAGUUCACAAAGAACUCUGGAAGACUGAACAGGGUACUGUCAUAGGGCUGCUCAAUGCUAACCCCAUGAAGCCCAAGGAUGGUUCAGAGGAGGUAUGUUUGUCUAUUGAUCAUCCUCAGAAGAUUUUAAUCAUGGGUGAAGCUCUUGACCUGGGAACCUGUAAAGCAAAGAAGAAGAAUGGACAGCCGUGUACACAGACUAUUAAUUUGAACGACUGUGAGUACUGUCAGUACCACAUCCAGGCCCAGUACAAGAAGCUCAGCGCCAGGCGAUCCGACCUGCAGUCCACCUUCUCUGGAGGACGAAUUCCAAAGAGGUUUGCCCGCAAAGGCACCAGCCUAAGAGAACGGCUGUGUCAGGAUGGUUUUUACUACGGAGGGGUUUCUUCUGCAUCCUAUGCAGCCUCAAUUGCAGCCGCUGUUGCUCCUAAAAAGAAGAUUCAAACCACUCUGACUAAUCUGGUUGUUAAGGGGACAGACUUGAUCAUUCAGGAAACCCAACAAAAACUUGGAAUACCCCAGAAGAGCUUGUCUUGCUCUGAGGAAUUUAGGGAACUGAUGGACUUACCUACGUUUGGAGCCAGAAACUUAAAACAACAUUUAGCCAAAGCCAGGUUAUCAGGGGUGAUGGGGAGCCCGAAACCUACUUUCCAGUCUGUCUCAGCAUCAGCCCUCUUGAGGCAGCAGAAGCAGCAUGUGCUGGAGAUGAGGAGGAAGAGGUCAGAAGAAAUACAGAAACGAUUUCUCCAAAGCUCAAAUGGGGUUGAGAGCCCAGUUGUGCCACCCUCUUCUCAACGGGCCCCUUCUCAGUCUCUGCAAAUGGGGGCUGCGUUGCCCAGCCUAGAAGGAACGCCAGCCACACAGAUACCCAAGCUUGGGCGAGGCAUCUCAGAAGGAGAUGAUGUUCUCUUUUUUGAUGAGUCACCACCACCAAGACCAAAACUGAGUGCUUUAGCAGAAGCCAAAAAGUUAGCUGCUAUAACCAAAUUAAGGGCAAAAGGCCAGAUUCUUACAAAAACAGACCCAAACAGCAUUAAAAAGAAGCAAAAGGACCCCCAGGAUGUCCUGGAAGUGAAGGAACGCGUAGAGAACAACACCUUUUCUCCUCAAGCUGAAGAUGACUUGGAGCCUGCCAGGAAAAGAAGGAGAGAACAACUUGCCUACCUGGAAUCUGAGGAAUUUCAGAAAAUUCUAAAAGCAAAAUCGAAGCACACAGGAAUACUAAAAGAGGCUGAGGCUGAGCUGCAGGAACGUUAUUUUGAGCCACUGGUGAAAAAGGAACAAAUGGAAGAAAAGAUGAGAAGCAUCAGAGAAGUGAAAUGUCGAGUAGUGACAUGCAAGACGUGUGCCUACACCCACUUCAAGCCUUUGGAGAACUGCAUCAGUGAGCAGCAUGACUACCAGUGGCAUGAUGGCCUAAAGAGGUUUUUCAAGUGUCCCUGUGGAAACAGAAGCAUCUCCCUGGAUAGGCUCCCCAAAAAGCACUGCAGUAACUGUGGCCUCUUCAAAUGGGAACGAGAUGGAAUGCUAAAGGAAAAAACAGGCCCAAAGAUAGGAGGAGAAACCCUGUUACCACGAGGAGAAGAACAUGCCAAAUUUCUGAAUAGCCUUAAAUAGCCCUGACUUCAAACAGGUACCCACGACCUACAUUGCUUCUUAUGGCUCUGGAAAAGCAAGGGUGUUGCUCUGUUUGCUCAUGUUCCUGGUUGACACAGUCCAAACAGACACUUCUUAAGCCUAAACAUUUUACCUGCUUAUUUUCUGUUGUGUUGGUUUGAUACCAAAUUUAACAUUGACCUUUAAGUGGUGAAUCAAAAUACCAUCGUCUUCCGUGUUCUUGCUACUGAUGGCUGCAUUCAUGUGGAUUUUUUGCUCAGAAACGGGAAGGUAAAUUGAGAGUGUGUUUCUGUAUGUUUUGGGUAAUAGAGCGUGCAGUGUUGCUUCUUGAUCAGAGUAAAGUUCUGUUAUUUAUAUGGGAACACAGAGGCAAAAGGAUUAAUUUAGCUCACCCUGGGUAGGUUGCAUAACUUCUGGGCUUUGGUUUUCUUACCUAGAAAAUGAGGAGGCUAGGAGUAAAUGAUGUUGAAGUGUAUCUUUCAGCACUCAAAUUCUACAAAUAAUACAACUUCUCCCAUAUAAAUAAUUAUGCUCAUUAACCUUGACACAAUCUUGAUAUAUUGACAUCAAAGCCAGUUUCCUUCUUUCAUUUCUAUUCUUAUCUCUCUUUUGUUUUGCAAGUUGAUUAAUGCACUCACUCAUGUGGCAUUUAAUUCAUAUCUAUAUGGUUCUCUGUGCCCUUAAAAUAUUGUGGAGCGCUUUAAUAGAACCACUAAAAUCUCAUCAUUUUAAAAUAUAGCUUUGUUUAAAUAUGGCUUAAAGAAACUUCGAAACCUCUAACUAAAACAAAUACGGAGUUUAAGAAGCUAUGAACAAUGAUUGAAAAACAGAAACAUCUCAGAAAGACAGAACUCCGGGAGUUUGAGAUUUGCAGAUAUACUCUUUCAUACACAUCAAGAAUUAGAGGGCAAACCCUGUGCAAAUUAGCACCCCAAAAAUGCAGUUUAGGAGAUUCCUCUUUUAGGCAACCUGAUUUUCCAAAGUGAAUGCUGAUAUCAUCCUAAGAGUGAAUAAAUUGGCAGGAUUAUUAUUACAUUGGGAUUUAAACUCUAGCUAGAAAUAGAUCAGGUUUCCCCCAAGAUGGUAUUAUGGUAGAUGGACAUAAUGCUUACAUGAGCUGGUUGUGGGAGAUGUUUGAUAUAGCUUUUCAAGAGCUAGAAAAAACAUGUACAUGCCUUAGAUUUCAUCGAACUCUGCUCAAUAUGAGUGUUUCUCCUAAGGUUAUAUUGCAAAAGCUAUAUUUUUAGGAGGAUUUCACUUCCCAGGAGGUGUUUGUUUUAAUUUUUAACUAAUGAAGAAAAGAAUAAAGUGUUUAAUUCUUAAUAGGGACUGAAGGCACUCAACGGUGGUAUUUUUAAUGGCUCAUUUAGAGUAGAUUUGUUUAUCCCAUAAACUUAAAAUAGAGCUGUGUAUUUGAAGAAGAUCACAACUAAGCGGCUGCCAAGGACUUGAGCUCCAGGCUGCUCCUCAGGCAAUCCCCUUCCCAUGAAAGAAACACAUUCCUGUUUGAACCAAGGGCACCAUUAGAGUUCCCAUUCAUUUGUGUAUCAUAUAUAAGUAUUGUACUGUAAUAAUUUAAAAAUCAUUGAAUUACUUCUCAGUUACUCUAGAUUUCAGGGGGCUUUCGUUUGAGGUCUUUUGUAUUUAGGCUUUCAUAGAUCAGUGUUGAGAAGCGGUAGGUGGGCCAGAAGGGGGACUUGUUUGCAUUGAAAUUACGAUUCAUCAGUGAGAUCAGUCUUUUAAUAUUGUUCUCUUUAUCAGUGUAUUAAAUGCUUUUAU